AUGUAUUUUUCAAUAAAGACAGGAUUUCGAGCAAGGGUUCGUCAGAAAUUGGAAGCAUUUCGAGGAACGCCGAGAAAGCAAAGCACUCAGGCCGAAGGUCCCCACACGACUAAUGAUUCGACUUCCCCAACUCAAGGGGAAUCUGAAUAUCAUGACACUGCAAAAGUUGUGGAAGGGAAUUGGCAUGUCCCUCCUAGCGGGGCCACGCAACAAGAAAAGCCACAAGCGAACGAGCACGUUCUCGAUCAUUCUAACCAGAAGGUGACCUCGACAGAAUGUUUGACCACCAUCCACAAUACCCUUUGGAACAAAGCCUACAAUAAUAUAUUGCAAGAUCCAAAAAAGGCAAAAUUUAUGAGAAGAACGAAUGCGAGCGAUAGUCGCAAGGGCCCUGAAGAGCUGUAUACGUGGAUUCUUCUGACGGAUGAAUACAAACAGUUCAGCAAGUGGGAUAAUAUUACACCUGCACGUUUGUGGGUUAGUGGUCAGGCAGGAACUGGAAAGACGAUGCUCUUGAUCGGCAUCAUAAAAGAUCUGAUCUCUCGUGGACUUGUUGAUACAGAACGUCCAUUGAAUCUAUAUUUUUUCUGUCAAGCCACGAAUGACCAAGCCAACAACGGCGUUGCGGUUCUACGCAGUCUAAUAUGGCUGUUGCUUCUGGAACAACCACUCCUGAUUUCACACAUUCAGAAGGAAUACUUUCAUUCGGCAAGCAGCCUGCUUACGGAUAAAAAUGCGUUCACAACUCUACGUGACAUCCUCAGAAAGAUGCUGGAGGAUAAAUCCUUGAAACGAGCCAUCAUUAUCAUUGAUGCCAUGGAUGAAUGCGAGGAGAAAAGCAGAGAACUACUGACUAGAUUCAUCGAUGAUGCGUCCUCGGCUGAAGAGCUGCUCAAUAUAAAGUGGCUCGUCUCCAGCCGGCCACUGCCAGAAAUACCAGCAAUCUGCAGAGAGCUCAUUAACGCCCAUGAAUUCAUGUGGGCCGAAAUUGUCGACAAAAUUCCAAAAGAUUUGGAAGAUCUCUAUGGCUACCUGCUCGAUAGAUUGGCCAAUUUAAACUCCGAAAUUAUGUCUUCAUGCUGCAGGAAUGUCCUCAUGGCUGCUAUGAUUGCCAGAGAUCCCCUGGCCUUGUCCGAGAUUGAGAUUCUCGCAGAACUUCCAGAAGGUGAGGAUACAGCGGAAGCAGUCGUCCAGGAAUGUCGGUCCUUUCUGACCAUUCGAAACAAUACCGUGUACCUGGUCCAUCAAUCAGCGCAAGAUUAUCUGCAAAAGCAUUAUCGAAGACUCUACAAUGUCUCUUCGGCCACGCUUCAUCACCAAAUGUAUAAACGAGCCCUCCAUGGUUUGAGAAAGAACUUGAAACAAAACAUAUAUGGCGUGUCUCAUUACGGGAUUGCGAUAGAAGAUGUGCAAAUCCCCAAUCCAGACCCUUUGAAUUGUGUUCGGUAUGCAUGUCGCUACUGGGUCUAUCAUCUAGUUCAAAGUGGCUGCACGUUCACAGACAUGGAGGAUAUCCUUUCGUUCUUCAACACACACUUCCUUCACUGGCUAGAGGCAAUGGGUUUGCUGGGGUUGUUUCCCGAUAUUGUGAGGCUUGUCGGUCAAUUGAAAUCCAAUUCAGAAGUAAACCAGUGGACUGAGAACGUGCCGGUACUGUUGGAAUUUCUAAUGGACGCCGAAAGAUUUAUCUUGCAGAACCUGCCAAUUGCGACCGCAGCGCCUCUUCAGCUCUAUGUCUCCUGUCUUAUAUUCCCGCCAGAGAGAAGUAUCAUCAGGUGCAUAUUCCGAAAGAAAGUCUGCAAAUGGAUCCUACGAACAGUUGGCGCUGAUAUUGAAUGGGGUGCACUGCUCCAAACACUUGAGUAUUCAGAUCGGGUAUGCUCUGUUGCAUUUUCUACAGAUGAACAGCUGGUGGCAUCGGGCUCUUCAGAUAAAAUGGUCAAAGUCUGGGACUCGUUCACAGGGAAUUUACAAAAGAUACUUGAUCAUCCGAGUUGGGUUAGAGCUGUGGCGUUUUCACCAGACAACAAGCUACUAGCUUCUGGGUUAAGUGAUGGUAGUAUCAGGUUAUGGAAUACAAUCACAUGGCGGGAAACAGGAAGACUCGAGCAAUCUGGAGACAUCGCUCAUCUGAUGUUCUCUCUGAAUAACCAGCUAUUGGGGUCUGCAUCGUUCAAUGGUGUUGUGAAGGUGUGGGAGAAGGGGACGUGGAGACUUAGGUGGGAAUGGCGACCCUCGGGCUCAACGUCAUCGCUCGCGCCCACGGCCAUUUCUCUAAACGGUCAGGCAUUGGUAGCAGCUACAAUACGCGCCUAUGCUCCUAAUACAGUGGUUUUGGUGAAUAUAGAGACCGAUACUAUAGUGCACGAGCUCGCUCACUUGGGCAAGAUCACGAAUGUUGCAUUUUCCCUUGACAACCGGAUGUUGGCCUGUACCUCAGAUGAUAGAACUAUCACACUGUGGGACACUGCGACUUGGAAUAUCAAGCACACAAUUCAUGACGAACAUGUGCUUGAUUUGACCGUGUUUUCCCCGGAUAGCAAUCUCAUCUCUGCAGGUCCAUUGCGAAACUCCGUUCAACUGUGGAGUACAAAAUCUGGAACGCUAGAACAAACACUGAAGGGUCAUGUUAACCAUGCUACAACUGUUGCCUUCUCACCUGAUGGCCAGUUGGUGGCAUCGGGGUCAUAUGAUAAUACAGUCAAGCUAUGGAAGGUGGCCCCGGGGAGGGAGGAGCCAAGCAUGGAUUAUCACUCAGAGCCAAUAGAAGGUGUGAUACUUUCACCAGAUGGUCGGUUGGUGGCAACAUACUCUUUGGAUUCCACAGUCAAAUUAUGGGGUGCAGAGAAUGGGAGAUUGGUGCGAACCCUCAAAGGCCACCACGACGAAGUGACAGCAGCUGCCUUCUCUCCAGGCAGCAAGCUACUCGCCUCUAGUUCAUCUGAUCGGACAGUCAGAGUAUGGGAUACCGAGAACGGGCAACAGAAAUGGAAAUUCGACCAUGGUAGUGAAAUGCUAUGUCUGGUCUAUUUCUUUGCGGAAAACCAAGUUCUGGCUACCAAUUUCGGGCAAACUACAUUUCGAAUAUGGAAUACACAAACAGGACACCCUGAACAGACUGGUGGCAUCUACGAUCCUCGCAUUGGAAGUAUACUUCGCACCAAUCCUACAAAACAAGACAUGUCCGCCAAGUGCAAGAUCUCUGUUGAGGACGACCGGGUUAUUCUUAAUAAUAAGAAGAGUAUUUGGUUGCCUCCGCAAUACCGAAACAACGUAUUUGACGAUGCAUGGGCAACUCGGGAGAAUUCUCUUAUAUUUGGGGCUCAAUCCGGCCGAAUAUACUUCCUUUGGUUUGAUCCAGAUGCAUUGAGAGAUGUCCAAGUGCCGCACAAGGCUUCAUUCACGCUGAGCAGCGUGUACAGCCUAGACAUGCCGGAUUGA